AAAAUUCAAUUAAAAAAAAAAAAAAAAAGGAAAAAGGAAAAAUCCUCAGAGAAGCUUCAUACUGAUUCUUCUUCUUCUUCUUCUUCUUCUUCUUCUUCUUCUUCUGUCUCUGUCUCAGAGCUUUCCUUGCAUAUUGGUGGUCCUUACUCUCUGGCAUUAAUCUCUGAUAAGGAUUGACUUUGCUCCGAUUCGAUCGCAGCUCUUAGAAAGAGAGAGAGUUUUGUAGAGCUUAAGCUUUUAUUGGAACCUGGAUCUUCGAUUGGAUCGGGUUUGCGAGAGAGAGAGAGAGAGAGAGAGAGAGGAAAGAGUGAGGGAGAGAUGAACGGGGUGGGAAGGCAGGGGCAGAGAUCUGGUGCGGCGGGGGUGCACCACCAGCGCCAGUACUCGGACAACUUUCUGGAGACAUCGUCCAAUGGGCGCUGGCUCCAAUCUACUGGUCUUCAGCACCUCCAUUCCUCCAACCCUUCCAUCCCACCGCUCCAGGACUAUGGAUUCUAUGGUGGUGGUGGAGGGGGCCAGGGGUCGAGGAUGUAUAGGAAUGCGUUGUUGGAGCCUUCAACGCCUCCGGGUAAUUCGCGGGCGAGGAAGAAUGGUGAAGGCUCCCCCAGUGAGUUCAGUCCUGGACUCUUGGAUCUGCAUUCUUUCGAUACCGAGCUUCUUCCCGAGAUGCCACUCCCUGGUCUGUUUGAUGGUGCUUCUAUGUAUCAUCCUGUUCGUGGCAGAAGCUUUGAUGACUCUGAGCCCUACAUUUCGAACAACAAACAAACCGGCAGAACUCGUGGUUUGCCAGAAAGCAACCUAUUGAAAAGCUUUGCUGUGGACAAAGAGAAAUCCAGUUCUGUAGCAAAGAUAAAAGUUGUGGUGCGCAAGAGACCACUUAAUAAGAAAGAAUUAGCGAAGAAUGAGGAAGAUAUUAUAGAGACAGUUUCUAAUUCUAUAACAGUUCACGAGACUAAGCUUAAGGUUGAUCUCACAGAAUAUGUAGAGAAGCAUGAAUUUUUUUUUGAUGCAGUGCUGAAUGAAGAGGUCUCAAAUGAUGAGGUUUAUCGUGAGACUGUUGAGCCCAUAGUUCCAAUAAUUUUUCAACGCACAAAAGCAACUUGCUUUGCAUAUGGGCAAACAGGGAGUGGAAAAACUUAUACAAUGAAGCCCUUGCCCCUUAAAGCAUCACGUGAUAUCUUGAGGUUGAUGCACCACACUUACAGGAAUCAGGGAUUUCAGUUGUUUGUGAGUUUCUUUGAGAUAUAUGGAGGAAAACUUUUUGAUCUCCUUAAUGACCGGAAAAAACUUUGCAUGAGAGAGGAUGGGAAGCAGCAAGUUUGCAUCGUUGGUUUGCAAGAGUACAGAGUAUCAGAUGUGGAAACAAUUAAGGAACUCAUUGAGAAAGGAAGUGCCACGAGAAGUACUGGAACAACAGGUGCAAAUGAGGAAUCCUCCCGUUCACAUGCCAUACUUCAGCUUGCUAUCAAGAGGUCAGUUGAUGGCAGUGAAUCAAAGCCACCUCGUGUUGUUGGAAAGCUCUCCUUUAUAGAUCUUGCUGGAAGUGAACGUGGUGCAGACACUACAGAUAAUGAUAAACAGACAAGAAUGGAAGGUGCUGAGAUCAAUAAGAGCUUACUUGCAUUAAAGGAAUGCAUUAGAGCUCUUGACAAUGACCAGGGUCAUAUUCCUUUCAGAGGCAGUAAAUUAACUGAAGUACUGAGGGAUUCAUUUGUUGGUGACUCUCGCACUGUUAUGGUAUCAUGCAUAUCUCCAAGCUCAGGAUCAUGUGAACAUACUCUGAACACAUUAAGAUAUGCUGACAGAGUGAAAAGCCUUUCGAAAGGAAACAAUCCUAAGAAGGAUGUAUUAUCGUCAACCUUCAACCUUAAGGAAUCAACUACUGUACCCUUGUCUUCAGUUCCUGCAUCCAACUUUGAGGAUGAAGUAUCUGAUUCAUGGCCUGAACAAACUGAAAGAGAUGACUUUGAUGCAUCUGAAGAGUCUUAUGAGCAAGGAAAACCUUUAUGGAAGAAGAAUGGGAAGCUAGAGCCAUGCAAUCUCUCUACUUCAGAGGACAAAAUAAGGAAACCCAACGUUCAUACUAAAUGGAAGGACCUGCCAAAAGUUGAAUCCAAGAAUUCACAUUUGGAUGAUGAUCUGAACGCCCUCUUACAGGAGGAGGAAGAUCUUGUAAAUGCUCACCGGAAACAAGUGGAGGAGACUAUGAAUAUUGUUAGAGAGGAGAUGAACCUGCUGGUUGAGGCUGAUCAACCAGGGAAUCAAUUGGAUGAUUAUAUUUCUAGAUUGAAUGCCAUUCUAUCCCAGAAGGCUACAGGCAUCCUGCAACUACAAAAUCGUUUGGCUCAUUUCCAGAAGCGUCUGAAGGAGCGUAAUGUCUUAGUAUCUACUUCUGGAUACUGAUUUCAUUUGGAAGGGCAUAUACUAGUAAAUUCUACUGGGUAAUGCUUUAAGAAUAUAAUUGCAAGGUUAGUGGCUCGACAGUGGGGCAAUGCAUUUUUUUUUUCUUCUUUCAAGUGGAGCAUUAUUUGAUAUGGCAUCUCAUGUUGGCAGUAUGCUGGACUAUUCACGAGUCAACAUGUAUCUUUGGUUGCCGUUUUCCUUUCACUAAGGACCAGUUUCUCUUUCACAGUAUAUUAUUUGCUACACAAUUUUUCCCCCCAUAAGCAAGCUAUAGACGAACUAUUUGUAUUCAUACGCCAACUGGCAUGCUGCUGUAAAGAUUUAAAGCAUUGUAAUUUGAUUAAUUGAUUGACUAGUUCUUGUUGGAUUGUCUGGUGCUUGUUUUCCAGAGAUAGAUUCCAUAAGAGUAAACCAGUGUAAAGAUUCCUUUGCCUUUUUUGCAAGUGGGAAAUAAUUAAUGGUAUUCUGCAGCAGCGUAAUAUCAGAAUUAAGCUGUGAUGAAGACAUCUUUGUCAUGGCAUGGAAGGAAUCAGCCAUAGUGUGACAAUAUGGGCUCAGAGAAUCUUAUACAACAGAGUCCGUCCAAAGUCCGUGAACAGGAUUUGAUUGUAUUUGGUGAACAUCUUUGUCGUGAUUUUUGUUUGACCUUUGUGAAUUGGGCUCAUGGGCUAGGCCCAGUAUUUGUCUUGUAUCACAAUCAAAUUGGAUUGGAA